CACACCCCCCUGGUGACGUCACCCAGGCGCCAGUCAACGCUGCAGCUCAGCAUGGCAGCGCAGAUCCGUGCACUGGUUUCGGUCAAAUGGCUGGCGGACGCGGUCAAAAACAAGCGGGUUGGACCGAACCUGCGGGUUCUGGACACGUCCUGGUACCUCCCGAAGCUGAAACGGCAACCCAAGAAGGAAUUUCGGGAGAGGCACAUUCCGGGGGCGUCGUUUUUCGACAUAGACAAGUGCUCCGAUAACACGUCCCCCUUCGAUCACAUGAUGCCCGGCGAGUGCGAAUUCGGGGAGUUCGUGGGCAACUUGGGCAUCGGAACCGGAACCCACGUCGUGGUUUACGACGCCAGCGAGUUCGGGAGCUUCUCCGCCCCCCGGGUCUGGUGGAUGUUCCGGGCGUUCGGGCACGGUUCGGUCUCGGUGCUGGACGGCGGGUUGAAGGCUUGGGUCCGGGAAGGUUACCAGCUGACCGGGGAGUACACCAAACCCGAACCGGUCGAGUUCAGGGCGAAACUGGACCGGUCCCGGGUGAAAAGUUACCAGGACGUGCUGGAGAAUUUAGAGAGCAAACGGUUUCAGCUCGUGGACGCGAGAUCCGUGGGUCGAUUCAGAGGAAUCGAACCCGAACCGCGUGACAAUACAGAACCGGGUCACAUCCCUGGUUCUGUCAGCAUGCCAUUCCCGGGCUUUCUGUCCCAGUCCGGAGAGGAGAAAGAUCCGGAUCAGCUCCGGGAGAUGUUCCGGAAGGCUGGCGUCGACCUGUCGCGACCCCUCUGCGCGACCUGCGGGUCAGGGGUCACGGCGUGUCACGUGGCCCUGGCUGCCUUCCUGUGCGGACAGGAAGAGGUGGCGAUCUACGACGGGGCGUGGUCAGAGUGGUAUACCAGAGCCACGCCCGAACAUGUGAUCUCUGAGGGGCGGGGCAAGCAUCUGUGAACCGGACCGUCAACCAGGCCCGCAGCGGGGAGGCGAAUCACAGACUCCCGUCGCACAGCAGUGUGAUCCAGUCCAGGUUUUACUGCUACCAGCUUGAUCAGCCCCCAGUGUGUCUAGCUAACAAGCUCAGGUGUGUCUUAUUAUUAAACUCCUCGUGAAACCAGGACUGGAUCACACUGCUGUGCAGCGGGAGUCUGAUUCCCAGCCCUGUAGAUAGACUUUGGUUGAAGGAGGUUUGUAGCUGAUUAUAUAGUGAAGAGAGCUACAGGAUAUUGCUGGGAACUGUGGGAUAUUUAGACAGAGAGAUCAGGGAUGGGAAUCAGACUCCUAUCGCACAGCAGUGUGAUCCAGUCCAGGUUUUACUGCUACCAGCUUGAUCAGCCCCCAGUGUGUCUAGCUAACAAGCUCAGGUGUGUCUUAUUAUUAAACUCCUAGUGAAACCAGGACUGGAUCACACUGCUGUGCAGCAGGAGUCUGAUUCCCAGCCCUGAAUCUAUAACACCAGAGAUGGCAUGGAUUCCAGCAUAGAAUUUUUUUGAAAAUGACGGGGUUAGAUUCAAAAUUAUAUUUUGUUAAAAUGAUUAUUUGGGGGAAUAGAGGGAAGUCAAAAGUAAUAUUGUAAACAUAAUAAAAAAUACAUGAUUUUUAUUGUU